AUGACGAGCCCUUCCGAUUUUCCACCCGAGUUCUUGGCCUAUGAUGAAGGGGCUAGGGUGGUGGGCGUUUGCGCUGCCAUGAUUCCGGUUGCAACGAUCAUUGUUGCCGUUCGGUUCUGGUCGAGAUGGAGGAAACGGAUCAAUAUUGGGAUCGAUGAUUGGCUGAUAUUGAUAUCGCUUGUACGUCCAGCAGCGUGUUUGCCCUUUCUAUUGUUAAUGUUUGACAGCCUCUGCUUUGGUCUGUGGCGAUUUUGGGCAUUUGUGGUGAGUACCUUGCUGGCUCAACGCGAGGAGACAAGGCUGAUCAAGGCGCUAGCUGUUCAUUAUGGAGGUGUCGGGAGGCAUUUGGCCGUUGUGCUAAUGGAGGAUCAAGAUAUCUUUGGGAGAUCAAUGCUGUGCCUCUUCAUCGGCGAAUUCACCUACGGCACCGUCCUCUGCACCAUCAAAGCAGCCAUCCUCUUAAUGUACUGCCGCAUCUUCCCGACCCGAUUCAUGAAAUUCGGCGGAUACGUCCUCGGCGGCAUGACCUUUGCCUGGUGGGUGGCCGUGAUCUUCGUCUCCAUCUUCCAGUGCGUGCCUGUCCAGAAGACAUGGCACCCCUUCAUGGAGGGGGGACACUGUCUGGAUAAGAACCAGUUCUUUCUCGGCAACUCUAUUCCCAACAUUAUCACCGACGCCUUGAUUCUAUGCUUGCCUGUGUACGAGGUCUCGAAGCUGCAGGUUCGCAGGUCGCAAAAGCUUGCCAUCAUCGGAAUUUUCCUCCUCGGAGGGAUUGUCGUCGUGAUUAGCUGCAUUCGCCUCAAGGUCGUCAUUGACCUCGUCAAUGCUGGAGUUGAUGCAGACUUUACUGAACUCAUCGGACCCUGCUGGAUAUGGACGACAGUCGAACCUACGAUCGGACUACUAUGCGCGAGCCUCCCUACGAUGCAACCCGUCAUGCACCUUCUCUUCGGUCGCUUCAUCGGCGGAUCCUCGAAAGAACGAGAACACACUUCUUCUGGUCUUGUAACGAUCGGCGGCACAGGGUCAAAGUCAACCAACAAGAACAAGGUCCAGACAAAAGACGGACCAUUCAAGAGGCUGCACGACAACGACUCAGCAGAGGAGCCUGUCCUGUGGCCCGAGUCUUAUAUCAACGAGCAAAGCACAGUGGUAGAGAGGACAGUCUAUGCGAAAGAUGUUGGGCUGGAGGCUAUACCGUUGGAUUCGAUUGCUGUACAUAAAGGCAUGACGUGGACAGAGUCUCGGAGAGAAGGUUGUUGA